AUCCCCUGCUACUGUAUUCCGGAAGCGGUAUGGCGGUAUGGUGGCACGGCCAGCUCUGGAGCUAAUGGGCAUUAAAACAAAAACAAAACCCACAAAAAAUAUAUAUAUCAAACUUGACGUUUUAUUGAAAUCCGCAUCAAUGUUUUUGUAGCCUGUCUGCAAAAAAAAAGAAGCCAUGAAUGAAGGCACCCGGGAGUCCACGAGAUGCUGUCACUGAGCUAAGGAAGCACUCGCAGCGUGAAAAUGUCGUUUUUUAGGCGGAAAGGGGAAUUUGGGGAAUUUGGAGGCCGGGUCAACACUUUGAACUCUUCGUCAUGAUCUUCAAAACCAUUCCUGAACAAUUUGUGCAGUGCACCAGGGUGCAUUAUCCUGCUGAAAGAAUCCACUGCCAUUAAGGAAUACCGUUGCUAUGAAGGGGUGCACUUGGUCUGCAUCAGUGUUUAGCCAAAGGAAAGGAACCAGAGAAAGCGGUCGAUCCGAAAGCAGGCCGAGCAAUCUCUGGAGUGUUACCCAACUCCCCCGCGAGGAAUCACCAUGCCAUCCUGGAGGCGGCCGGCCCGAGCCACGUGGCCAUCAGCGCCAUCUCGGCUAACAUGGACUCGUUCGCGCGUGGCCGCACGGCCAUCCUCAAAAAGCAGCCCAGCCACAUGGAGGCAGCUCACUUCGGAGACCUGGGUUACUCCAGCGUGAACUAUCAGACCCAGGAGACACGUUCACGCCUCUCCAAGACCGUGGAGCAGGUGCUCCGUGACCCCGUGGCGCUACCAUACUAUCUGCACUUCAUGGUGACGCGCUCGGCCGAGCACCUGGCACGCUUUUGCCUGGAGGCGGAGAGUUUCCGGUCCACCAGCUGGUCCCGUGUGCGUGCUCACAGCCUCAACUCGGUGAAGCACAGCUCCCUGGCUGAGACCGCCUUGGCGCUGGGCUUCUCGACAUCUCCGGACUCGCCGCCAGCUCUCAACGAGUCACCUGGCUUAGAUGAAGGGGAAUACGAGGACACUUUUACCUCUCAGACGCCUUCCAGCCCGCAGGACGCUAAUUCUUAUUUCAGAGCGGGACGCCGAGACUCCGUUAAUCACGAGGAAGGGUUGAGGCUGAGUCGACGCCCUUCUACUUCCUCGUCAUCCUCCAGGACGGGAACUCCGAUCAAAGGCCAGGCUGUGAAUGCACUCCGCGAGCUGUCCGACAAGCUUAUGAAGAGUAUAGAGCGGGACGCAGUCAACAUUUUUACCAAAUACGUGUCUCCAGAUGCUUCUAGGCCUAUCCCGAUCACCGAGCAGAUACGAAACGACAUUGUUGCUAAAAUCUGCGGAGAGGAUGGUCAGGUGGACCCAAACUGCUUUGUUAAUGCACAGUCAGUAGUGUUCACGAUAAUGGAGCAGCAGCACUUUAGUGAGUUCUUGCGGAGCCAUUAUUUUUGCAAGUACCAGAUCGAGGUGCUGACCAGCGGUUCUGUGUUCUUGGCAGACAUCUUGUUCUGCGAGUCCGCCCUGUUCUACUUCUCCGAGUACAUGGAAAAGGAGGAGGCAGUGAACAUCCUGCAGUUCUGGCUGGUGGCGGAUAACUUCCAGGUUCAGCUGGCUGCUAAAAAAGGACAAUACGAUGGACAGGAGGCACAGAAUGACGCCAUGAUCCUUUAUGACAAGUAUUUUUCACUCCAAGCCACAAAUCCGUUGGGUUUUGGCGACUCGGUUCGGAUGGAGAUCGAGUCAAAUAUCUGUCGGGAGGGCGGCCCUCUGCCCGACUGCUUCACCACUCCACUACGUCAGGCCUGGACCACCAUGGAGAAGGUCUACUUGCCAGGCUUCCUAUCCAGUGACCUGUACUACAAAUACUUGAGCGACCUCAUCAAUUCCGUACGGGCGGACGAGUUCAUCGUGGGAAACUCUGCGGCAUCGGGUCACGGCGCGGCCGCGGACAACGAACGCAGCUCCGCCAACUCGGACGGGUCGCAGACCCAGCAGGGCUCCAAAAAAGCGGCGGUGAAAAUCCUGAAGAACUUUGACGAGGCGAUAACCGUGGACAUUGCCAGUCUGGACCCCGAGUCUCUGUAUCAGAGACCGUACGCUGGAAGAAUGACCUUCGGCAAAGUCAACGAGCUGGGCCAGUUUAUUCGGGAAGCCGAGCCAGAACCGGACGUCAAGAAAUCAAAGGGUUCAAUGUUUUCCCAAGCAAUGAAGAAAUGGGUGCAAGGAGAAACAGACGAGGCUCAGGAGGAAAUGGCCUGGAAGAUCGCCAAGAUGAUAGUCAAUGACGUCAUGCAGCAGGGGCAGCAGGAGAGUCCGUUACCAACAUCCAGUCAGCUAUGACUUUGUGCGCUGAUGAAGAGGGAAGACUCGCUUCUGCUCUCAGCAUCCCCGCUGCUGCCGUCAGAGCCAGAGAUCUGGAGAAAAAAACUGCACACAGCGGUUCCCCAACGCCGAGUUAUGUAAUAAUUAAGCUAAAACUAAAAAGUGCUGCAGUUCCACAACCUUCUCUGAAGUCGUGUGUGUGUGUGAGAGAGUGAGUGUGUGUGUGUCAGGAACACGUGUAUGUACACUUGGGGUCAUGUGACCAACAUUUCAAGCAUUAUGAAGGUUUUAUUUUAACCUAAAAUGAGGAGCCCCCACCCCCCGCGAAAAAAAAGCAAGCAUGAAUGGAACCAGUUGUACGAGAGAGACGGACUUCCAGAACAAAAUCCCAAAUGGACAAUAGGGACAAUGAGAUGAAAACGGAGACAAAACGAGUUGUGCUGUUAACCAUGCCAAGCGCAUAAAAACCUGAACAAAGUCACUAUAAAGCCCGGGUUACUCCAAUCCCUUACCAUUUCUUAUCUUCCCUUAUAAGCUUUCCUCCAUUUUUACGAGGACGGUUACAAAGAGCCGUGUCUCUUUCAUUCUUUUAAAAAAAAAUUAUAGUGCAAAGAGUUCCCUGUGGUGGCUAUGUACAGUUUUAUUUGCAGGCGUGUACGCAUCGCUGCGCCGUUAAAUCGGACGACGACAGCAGGAUUUUAUCACCGAGUUUCCGAGAAGCUGAACGGACCAAUACGUUGUUAAAGUUUAAAUUGAUUUAAACUGACGGUUUAAGCUGCGGUUUAAACUCCUCCCCUCCAUGUCAACUCCAGAAUCGGCUCUUUCUCUGUAGUCUUACUCCAACAUGGACAAGUACUAGUGUAAUGUUAAACCCCACCCACAUCUCCAGUCUAUGAUGAUGUAGAUUUCUGGUUUCGAUUAAUGUAACUUUUUUUUAUGGUGAGUGUCUGUUUGUUAUUCUUUCUUUUCUUUCGUUUUUUUUUUUUUUUCCUUUUUUUUUUUAACGAGUUGUCAAAUGUGUGUGUCUAAGCGAAUUCCAGUGAUGCCUGUUCUUUGGGAAUAGCGUACUCUGAACACGCGACGAUACUGCUUCGGACCUCGUCGAGAUGUGGAGAAGAACCAGAAACAGAUGGACUUUUGGUACUAUGUACCAUUAUUAUGUUUUCUGACAUGUAUGUGUAAUCUAUAAUAUAUUUAAAUUGUGUUUGAUUUAAAUACAUAUAUUAUUGAAA